AUGGACGCGAGCGCAAGAGCAAGUUAUCUCAAGAAGACGCAAGAAUAUAGAAGGCACGCGAUCGAGCGUCAAGUAUACUGCCUCGCCACCAAGCUCAACAUAAACAAGCACCCCAUGGUGUUCAACCCGGGAGAUCUUGUGUGGAUACACCUUCACAAAGACCGUUUCCCCAACGAGCGCAAGUCCAAGCUACUACCUCGCGCUGACGGACCUUUCAAGGUGCUAGCACGAUACAAUGAAGAUGCCGACAAGAUCGACAUCCCACGUGACAAGUACAACAUGAGCAACGUCUUCAACGUCAAGGACUUAUCUCCCUACUGUGGUGAUGAAGUUUAUGAUCCGAGGACAGAUCUCUCCAAGGGGGGUGAUGCGGAGCAUCCCUCGAUCAUCCCCAUGGACACUACGCCAACUCAUCAAGCACCAUGUGGACCUAUGACAAGAGCUCGUGCACGUGCCAUCGAAAAUGAGGUGAACUCACUCCUUUUUUAG